AUGGUCAUAAAUGGGUCUCACCUGAACAGCUCCACGCCGGACCCCAGUGACACGGUCUUCAGCCGCCCGCCGUGGGUCACCACAACUUUGGGGUGCUUCCUCAUCUUCACCACCGUCGUCGACAUCCUGGGGAACCUCUUGGUCAUCUUCUCCGUGUAUCGGAACAAGAAGCUCCGGAACGCAGGUGAGUGA